AUGGCUUCCAGCCAACCUCAGACCAACGGAGUCACGGCCCCGGCCAAUACAUCAUCACAAACCGCGCCAAACACACAAUCCACCACAGCUGCGCCUGCUGGCGCUCCGCAAACUCCAGCUCAACCUCCUGGUGCCUCGGACCCCCGACCUCGCGAUGCGCGAUUGAUCGAACUCCUCCUCACCUCGCAAGGAGUAACCGCAUACGAACAACGCGUUCCGCUACUCCUCCUCGACUUUGCAUAUCGCCACACAUCCUCCAUUCUUAGCGACGCGUUGCACCUCUCUGGCGACCCGUACGUCACCCAAGCUGGGUCGAAACCUUCCGCGGCCUCGGGCGCAUCAGCGCUUGCUGCAGGGGAUGCGCCCAUCACAGCAAAUGGCGUUAAGCUCGCUAUCGGUGCCCGCCUAGGGUACCAAUUCCGCGGAGGAAGCAGCGGAGGCGGCAUCAGCAAAGAUUACAUGCAGGAACUGGCCAGAGAACGGAACAAAGUUGCCUUGCCAAGAAUAGUCCCCAACGAAUGGGGUGUUCGACUACCGAGCGAGCGGUUUGUUCUUAGUGGGACGAGCUGGGGCCUCAAAGACAUGUGGGAUGAGGCCGGGGAUGAUGACGAGGAAGAGGAACAGGGCGGCGACGCCAUGGAAGGGAUUGAGGCACCGGAGCCGGAAGAUGUUGGUGGCGAUGGAGUCGAGGGCGGUACUGUUGAUGAUGUCUUUGGAGAUGAUGUCGAUCAAGAGAUGGCCGAGUAA